AUGUCUUGUGAACCGCGAAUAUGUGCAGGUUGCUUGAAAAAAAUUGAUAAUAAUAAAUAUAUCAAAUGUUGUCUGUGUAACCAAACUUAUGAUGCAGUGUGUGCUAACGUCUCCGAAAAGAAGAUUAACUCAAAGAAUACUAAAAAUAUUUGGAAGUGUCAAGCGUGUAAAAAUAGGCAACCUAAAUUUGCAAUACAAAUACUCCAAUUAGAACGAUAUUCGCCUUCGAUGAAGGACAGAAAGAUGUCUUAUCUGAAUCUCAUGACUCCAAAUAUAACGCGUAAACCAAAAUCAUUUAAUUCACCUACCAUUUCUACUAGCACAAGCUUAGAUGACAACGCCAUUGCAGCUAUUCGAUACCAAGUCUUGGAAGCAAUUAAAAUAGAAAUUCCAACAAAGCUAUCGAAGGUUAUAAAAAGUGAACUAUCUACACUAUCACAGGAGGUUCAUGAUUUAUGCAAAUCAGUUGGUUUUCUCAGUGAAAUGCAUGAUGAAAUGAAGUCGAAAAAUCGAAGAGUUGUC